AUGUCAAACUAUCUUCAAGAGCCCUUACCCACUUACCCUAAACCGGUUUUAACCAAAGAAGAGCAAGAAGUCGACGAGAAGAUGGUGAGCUUGCAAGCGGAGUGUAUUGUCAACACCGUGGCUUUCCCCAUGGUUCUCAAAGCCGCCUUUGAGCUUGGAGUCAUCGACACAGUCGCUGCAGCAGGCGACGGAGCGUGGCUCUCACCGUAUGAGAUAGCUCGUAGUCUACCAACCAAACCCACUAACCCGGAGGCGCCAGUGUUGCUUGACCGGAUGCUGCGGUUACUCGUCAGCCACUCUAUUUUGAAGUGCCGUAUGGUUGAAGGUAAAGAAAACGGUAUGGAGAGGGUAUAUGCAACCGAACCGGUUUGCAAGUCUUUUUUGAGAGAUAGUGACGGUUAUGGUUCUCUUGUUUCUCUGUUUAUGUUGCUCCAGAGUGAAGUGGUUUUCAAGACUUGGACAAAUCUUAAAGAUGUGAUACUAGAAGGAAGAGGUGCAUUCAGCUCUGCCCACGGCAUGGCAAUUUUUGAAUACAUGAAGUCGGGUGGAGAAUUUGCUGAAAUGUUUAAUCGUACCAUGACAGAACAUUCCACCAUGAUUAUGAAGAAGGUUUUAGAAGUUUACAAAGGAUUUGAAGAUGUUAACACUUUGGUAGAUGUUGGAGGAUCAAGUGGAACUACAUUAGGUCUAGUCACUUCCAAGUAUCCUCAUAUCAAGGGUGUUAAUUUUGACUUACCUCAGGUUUUAACCAAUGCUCCAUUGUAUCCAGGAGUGGAGCAUGUCUCUGGAGACAUGUUUAUAGAAGUUCCCAAAGGAGAUGCAAUCUUUAUGAAGUGGAUACUACAUGAUUGGACGGACGAACAUUGCUUAACGCUUCUUAAAAAUUGUUGGAAGAGCCUACCGGAAAAUGGAAAAGUGAUCAUUGUAGAUUUGAUUACACCAACAGAACCAAAGAGUGGUGACCUUUCCUCUAACUAUAUGUUUGGUAUGGACAUGUUGGUGCUAGCACUAUACGAUGGCGCUAAAGAGAGAUCGUUUUCACAGCUGGAGAAUUUAGCCUUUGGUUCAGGUUUUCGUCGAUGUGAAGUUGUUUGUGGUGUCCAUUCAUAUUCUGUUAUGGAAUUCCACAAAUAG